AUGAUUGCAGAUGAAGUUAGAUUUGAUGAAAUGACAGUUCAGACCAUCAUCACCGAGAACUUAAGAAAUGCUAGAAGCACCUGCUUCAUCCUAAAAGACUUCCUGGUCGUUAAUGGUAUCUCUAUGCCUCCACAGUCCACCUACAGUCACUGUUUAGCCCCAGCAGACCUAUUAGAGUUGGUAUUUAAGUUUUUGACACUUAUGUCUUUGGUUGUAUCAUCUAACUCAGAAGAAGAAAUAAAACCUUUGCAAAAAUCAGAAAACUUCGAAGAUGUAACAUCUGAUUUUAAAGAUGUGGAACGGAAUUGCAGCAGCUAUGUUGUAGAGAAAAUUUAUGUUCUUCUUGACAAUGGGAGUCUUUUGCUUCCUGGCUCUGAAGCCAUUUAUGAGUACAAUACAUUUUUCUUGCAAAAUGAUACUGCCUUCAUAUGUACUGAUGACACCGAUACGGAAACUGCAACAGUUGAUUCAGGUUACAACUUCAGUGAGGAAUUCUUGAGCUGUGGACAUAUCCUCAUGGAACCUGAUGCAUAUAAAGUAUUAGAAAAUGGGUACAUAUAUAUCGGCAUUUAUUCCAAGUAUUACAGUCCGAGAGAUUAUUACAUGCAAGACCACGGUGUUUACAUUUGUCUACCAAAUUUUGACGUCAUGCAGCAGAACUUAACAGAAAACGCGACUUUUACUCACGAAUUAAAUAAAUUUUCAGAUGCUUUUUCUUAUGUUACAAUUAUUGGUCUUCUGAUAUCGAUCCUCUGCUUGGUGGCGCAUUUGGUUGUCUUCUGUGUGGUAUCUUCAGUUCAAAAUCUGCCUGGUUGCUGUUUGGCUUCACUCAGUUUGUCGCUUCUCAUUGCGUACUUAUGUUUCCUGACACUGGCAGUGUCGGAAAGUGCUACUUGGAGGUUACCACAUUGCGCAAACCUGGGUAUGUGCGUGUAUUACUUCUUCUUGACUUCUUUCUUCUGGAUGAAUGCCAUAGCUUUUGACGUGUGGCGAUCUUUUCGGGUUGUAAUGCGAGAGCUUAGAAUCUCGAGCCAUAGAGUGCCAAGGAGGAGAUUUCUCAUAUAUUCUGUGUAUAGCUGGGUCAUACCAGCCGUGUUGACGAUAUUAGUAAAAGUCGCCGACUCAACAGAAGUACUUCCUGAAGACUACAGGCCAGACUUUGGGAAACAUAUUUGCUGGUUCGGGCAGAGAAAAGCCCUUCUUGUAUUCUUCGCAGUUCCGUUAUGUAUUGUGAUGAUUCUUAACAUUUACUACUUUCUGGAUGUAACGUACGUCAUUAGCCGUGCCACGCUCAAGACUAGCCAGACUCAUGAGGCCACCCUGAAAAAGAGGUUCUUCAUGUUCACAAGGCUAGCCAUGAUCAUGGGACUCACAUGGGCUAUUGGACUAAUAGCAAGCUACGCGGACAAUGUUGUCUUGUGGUAUCUGUUUGUAGUGUUUAAUACUCUGCAAGGACUAUUUAUCUUUAUAGUAUUUUCAUGCAGCUCCAAAGUUAAAGUGUACUGCUGCCGACGGUACAGGAAACGCUCUAAGUCUAGAGGAAGUACUUCAAUCCGAACGAUAUCUCAGAUGUCUGCGGCUGUCUGA